GACGGUGAGUGGAGAGCACCCCAUUCUCAAAUGAGGGCUGCGCGCUCCCGCGGUGUGGGAAGUGAGCGCGCUUGAGGGGCUGCGGUCCCAUUGACGGUUCCGUCUCCCUGACAGCAGCAUCAGCAUCAGCAGCAGCGGCGGCGGCGGAGCUGGAAAACAAGAAGUUACCGCCUCGCCCCACAGCCAGAGGAACCGGCCGAUCGGAGAGGCGCCUCCAGGGACCUCUGCUCCCCUCUGCCCGGCCACAAGGACGGAAACCGGCUCCUCUUUCCAGUGUGCCAGCGUCCCGACUGACCGCCGGAGAUAUGGGCUCCCCGUAAAACGGAGGUGGUGGAGGGGAGAGGCGGGCGGGUGGGCGGUGGGAGGGGGUGGGGGGUGAAGGCAGCGGAGCAGCAAGAGGGAGGCGAGGCUGAAAACGGCAACAGGAACCGAAGCGCUAAGGCCACAGUCACCGCAGCUGAGACCAACCUGGGUGCCCCCCACCACCGCCAUGGGAACUCCGCAUCAGCCGCUCCGACCGCCGCUCCAUCCGUGGGCCAUGUCGUGAUCCGUGGGCUCCUCCAGCGGGUUUUUUAUCCGUGAUCCCGACCGAGGCGAAAGGAGGGAGGAGAGGGAAGGGAAGCCGGGAGUGAAGAAAGGUUGUGGUUGUGGUGGCAGGGAAGAUGUUCGCCUCGGUGGGCCCUAGGGGCGGCCCGCGCGCACCGGCCGCUCCAGCUAUCCCGGAGCCGGACCUCAGCCAUCUGACCGAGGAGGAGAGGGGCAUCAUCAUGGCUGUGCUGGCUCGGCAGCGGGAGGAGGAAGCCAAGGAUGAGGCCAUAUUAAAAGAGGAGAAGCCGAUUCAAGCGAGGACAGUGAACCUGGUCGGACAGAAGAAGCCUCAACAGCAAAAUGACGUCAGAGGUAUCCAGCAGCACUUGUCCAGCUACCGGGAGACAGUGAUCCGGCAGGCCUCGGUGGCAGCAGGCUCAGCUGUUCAUCGGGACGAUGCACCAACCUGUGGCAUCUGCCACAAGACCAAGUUUGCAGAUGGAUGUGGGAACCUGUGUUCUUACUGCCAGACCAAGUUCUGCGCUCGCUGUGGGGGAAGAGUGUCCCUGCGCUCCAACACGGAGGACAAAGUGUUGGCUCUCUGUUCUUCAUUUGGUGGCCAAAGGCAGCCCACAGUGGGAGAAUCAAGCUGCUCCCUGGUGAUAUGGGUGUGCAAUAACUGCAGAAAGCAGCAGGAGAUCCUCACCAAGCCAGGAGAGUGGUUCACUGGUCCUCCCGGGAAGGCCUCUACUCUCGGUUCUGCUGUCAGUGAGCCGUCUGUGUGCCAAGUGUCCGGAGAUAAGCUGAGAUCUCACUCCCAAGCACCCGCAGGCUCCACUGGGACUAUCCAAGACCAAGCAGGUGUACUGGGGACCACCCCUGGUACAGAUGCUCGGUCGCUAAGUGAGCCACCACGGGACAGGAGAAAUGGUCGUGGAGGCGGUGGAACAGGUCGGGGGGAGCGGCGGACAGGCCAGCCUAGGCUGCAAACCCAGGUCUCCAUGGAUCGAGACCUACGAGGAGAGUCGAGGGAGCGAAGGGAAGGCCGGCUGUUGAAGGGACGGUCUCUGGAGCAUGAUCCUUUGGGGGGUGGUGUUGGUGUAAGAAGGACAGAGGAUGGGGGUUAUCAGCAGGUGGGCAACAAUGCAGGUCCCCUUCGACAGGCAGAGCCAUUUUCAUCAGGAGGCAGGGGGCUGCCUGGGCAGGGUCGUGGCACAGGCAGUGGGACACGAGAGGUUGGGGACGCUACUCGACUUGGACAGAGGACGGUGGGCGGGGCACAGGCUGUUUCACAGAAAGCACCUCCUGAACUCAGAGUACCUUCAACUUUGGGACCUGAAACGGGUCUUGGCCAGGGUGCUGGGGUGAAACGGACCAAACGGGACAAGGCUGAAAGCAUGCUGCGAAACGAUUCGCUAAGCUCUGACCAGUCUGAAUCAUUGCGGCCUCCUCCACCACGGCCCCACAAAUCAAAACGGGGGCUGGGGGCUGGAGGGAAGAGACAAACCAGUGUCAGCAGUUCAGAGGAAGACGGUGGAACUACGCCUGAGUACAGUAGCUGUGAAGAUGCUGAAAUUGAGAGCAUAAGUGAAAGGGGAGACUGGGAGUGCAAUCCACACGACCCCACAGGAUGGCAUCAUCCUGUAACCUGGCAGCCAUCCAAGGAGGGAGACCAUCUGAUUGGACGAAUCACCCUCAGCAAGAGAUCUGCUACCAUGCCUAAAGAGGCUGGGGCUUUGCUCGGGUUAAAGGUGGUCGGAGGGAGAGUAACCGAGUCAGGGAGAUUAGGUGCCUUCAUCACCAAAGUCAAGAAGGGUAGCCUGGCUGACGUGGUGGGACAUCUCCGAGCAGGGGAUGAGGUUUUGCAGUGGAACGGGAAGCUGUUGCCAGGGGCAACCAUGAAGGAAGUAUAUAACAUCAUCCUGGAGUCUCAAGCCGAACCUCAGGUGCAGCUGAUUGUGUCCAGGCCUAUUGGGGUUUAUAGAAAAUAUCAUGAUAUCCCAAGAAUCCCCGACACGUCCCACCCUCCAUUAGAAUCUACAGGUUCCAGUUCUUUUGAGUCCCAGAAGAUCGAGAGACCAUCUUUAAAUGUCCUGUCUCCCUCCAGUCCUGGGAUGCUCCGAGAUGCUCCUCAGCUGAUGCCAGGGCAGCUAUCGGUGAAGCUGUGGUACGACAAAGUGGGUCACCAACUAAUAGUCAACGUGCUGCAGGCUACAGAGCUUCCUCUUCGGCCUGAUGGACGCCCCAGGAGUCCAUAUGUAAAGAUGUACUUCCUCCCUGACCGCAGUGACAAAAGCAAACGAAGGACAAAAACCAUGAAGAAGACAUGCGAGCCUAAGUGGAACCAGACCUUCGUCUACACUCACGUCCAUCGCAGGGAUUUCCGCAACCACAUGCUGGAGCUGACUGUGUGGGACCAACCCAGGUCACCUGAGGAGGACAGCACCUUUAUGGGAGAGAUCCUGAUUGAGCUGGAGACGGCCUUACUUGACGACAAGCCUCACUGGUAUCCCCUUCAAACCCAUGAUGUCUCAUCGAUCCCACUGCCCCGACCCUCCCCCUUCCUGCCCAGACGAAACACAGACGCUCCUGGCAAGAAGCUGCAGCGUUCUCAGCGUAUAACAGAUCCUGAAUUUGAUGAGCAUACAGCACUAGUCUCUAAAGCAGAUGGGCGUGGCAGAGAGAGGCAACGGGAACCGACGUCUACCUUGGAGGUGCCUGAUCAACAGCGGACGCCUUCCCAUCACAUCCGCUCCCGCUCCGUGUCCCCUCACCGUGAGGAGCAGGGGCGCACCAUCCGGUCCCGAGCACCCAAUGUCCCCACCCAGAGGAGUUUGGAUGACGAGCUUCCUCACUCUCGGCGUUCCCGGUCUCCAAACCGCUAUUGCGAGAACUCCAGAGGGCGGCGUCAGGGGGAGGAUUACUUGGACGACAGUGAGGUCAUCUUGAUCCACCAGUCAAUGCGCGGCAAAAGUGCCGAGUGCCUGCACACGAGUGAUCUUCAGCCAACCCUGGACAGGGUUAAGAGUGCUAGCGCCAACUGUCUCACUCCAGACAAUCAUGUCCCCCCACCAGAGACUGAAAGAAAAUCUUUCUCCCAAUCCCUGCCUCGGAGACGUCCGGCAAGUCCCAGGAUUCUUAUCCAACAUGCUUCCCCUGAAGAUGACAGGCAGCCUCGGACCCUGGAAAUCCCAGAAUGUCAGACUUUUGGCAGGAAGCGGUCUGACAGAGGCAGGGGUCAUCUGCACAGUGGUGCAUCUCUGUCAUCAGCGGCGGCAGCAUCGGCAGCACGCAGAGCAAGGCAGCUUCCACAGCUUCCACCCCAGAGCAGCUCCGUAGAACAAGCCCUGGUAGCAGAGGAGCGUGUUCGUCAGCUCCAGAUGAGGGUUCAUUCUAACCGGAUUUCAGCUGCCACCACCUCCAGCCAACAGGACCUAGACAGAGCCCUCAGAAACAAAAGAGAGCUCUAUAAGGACCAGCGGAGGAGCAGUGAAAAUGUAUCCCAUAAGUCCUCAGACAGUGAUGUCAGUGAUGUGUCAGCCAUCUCUCGAACCAGCAGUGCCUCUCGCAUUAGUAGCACCAGCUACAUGUCCAUCCAGUCAGAGAGACCCCGGGGUCGCUUCAGCCGAGCUGUACGUGCAUCGGGUCGCCACAUUCUGAAGAGCACCAGUGUCAGCGGUGAGAUCUACGGCAUGGAGCACGCCGAUGGCAGCCAGUCGGACACGGCCCUCGGGAGUCUGGGGAGCGGAAUCAAGAAGCGGCGCUCAAGUCUGAGCCAACGGGUUGUUGCCAUCCUGCCGUCGAGACGGAGCCGGAGUACUUCACAGAUUAGCCAGACAGAGGCAGCGGGUAAGGCGGCGGACAGACAGAAAGAGGCGCCGGCGGGUAAGAAGGUUAGUAAGGCGGGCAGCAGCACAAUCCAAAGGAGUGUGGAGACCGGGAUGGCAGUGGAGUAUCCACGAGGAGGAUCAGCCAUGAACCGCCAAGCCAGCAGGGAGUCCACUGAUGGCAGCAUGAACAGCUACAGCUCUGAGGGGAAUUUGAUCUUCUCAGGGAUGCGCUUGGGUGCUGACAGCCAGUUCAGCGACUUCCUGGACGGAUUAGGCCCAGGUCAGCUGGUUGGCCGGCAAACACUAGCAACACCUGCAAUGGGUGAUGUUCAGAUCGGGUUGAUGGAUAAGAAAGGCCAGCUAGAGGUAGAGGUGAUCCGAGCGCGAGGCCUUACCUCUAAACCAGGCUCCAAAUCCCUCCCAGCUCCUUAUGUCAAGGUCUAUCUGCUGGAGAACGGCACAUGUAAAGCCAAAAAGAAAACCAAGAUUGCACGAAAGACCCUGGAGCCGCUCUACCAGCAGCACUUGCUCUUUGAAGAAAGUCCUCAGGGCAAGGUGCUUCAGGUUAUAGUGUGGGGCGACUACGGACGACUGGACCACAAAUGUUUCAUGGGUGUAGCACAGAUCCUGCUGGAGGAGCUGGACCUCUCAAGCACGGUGAUUGGCUGGUACAAACUGUUUCCACCGUCCUCAUUGGUGGACCCCACGCUAGCUCCGCUCACGCGCCUGGCGUCUCAGACGUCGCUGGACUCAGGACCACCACCCGGCGUUCGUUCCUAGUGACCAAGUGGCAAACGCUCACCCCAAAACAGCCCUGACCUGAUCAGAUAAUGGACCGCAGCUGCUGGACCACACCUGAGCAGAGGGUACAGACACAGCCCGAGGACGCCAGCGAGGAGACGCACUCUGGGAAUCAAUGAGAAACCAGAUGGAGAGCCAGGAAAUGAGAGAAAGAGGGGAAAAAAUGAGAGAGGCAGAACUAGCCAAUCAAAGCUUAGCUGGAGUCUGACAAUCACGUUUCAAACCUUCCCUCUGCUUCCUUCUCCUUACAUAUUUUUGUUGUGCCUUCUUUGUUUUCUUCUCUGAGCUGCAGCUGUGGAGCUUUUUGUCCAACCUCCUUCACUUCUCAGCAUUUUUUCUUUGUUAUUUUCGGUGAAGUCUCUGCAAGAGCGAACGAUCAAACUGUUUCCCUGCAGCCAAUCAGAGCAGGGCUUCUUCCAGUCUUAGACAAGUAAGACGCAAACGGUUAGAGCUUCUUGCAACUGUCAGCAGAGGGUGGCUGUUGUCUCUGAUGAUGUUAACUCAGGAAUUCUAUCAGUCCUGAGAAUUAGGGGCAGCAGUUUGACACAGAAUGAUAAUCUUUAGAGAAAGGCAGCACAUUCAUAUCCAUGAUGUUAAAAAUGAAAGGAAGCACAAGAAGAAAGGCUUGAAUCAUUUGUUCUGACAGAAUAGCAGGAAGGUUUCUGUCUGAGAGAAGACGAUGGCCAAAUAAAUCAUCAGCUUUCAUUUCCAACCAUCCUUCAUGUUUAGGUUUAACCUGUCGUUCAGAUUGGAACCUCAAGGUGCAGACUCCCGCUGUAUAUUUGUACGUUUGAUUUUCGAGCCGUGCCGAUCGCAAAUGUCACAUUAGCUCGAACAUGCCUUCACCCAUCAAACCCAACCCUCCUCCCUCUUCAACCCUAAGCCCCCCGCUGGAGGGAGCAGCAUGACUCGGGGAUGCCUCUGCCCCGCCCCGCCCCCGCCCGGCUCGGCCCCAGGCUGCAUGCACGUUUCUUUGCUUUCAGUUCGUUGCGUUUUUUGUUUUGUUUUGUUUUGUUUUCCCGUUUUUUCGUUCUUUACCUUUUUUUGUAAAGUUGAAAGACGAGACUAAAACUACAAUGAAGCAAUUCUCAAAAAAACAAAUGCAGAAAAAAAGACUAGACUAUGUGUGUUAGUUCCACAUACUUUUAGGCCAGCUUGUAUGUUGCAUGUUCUUGUACAGUUUGCUCGUACUGAAUAUGAAUACAGAGAAAAGCCAAGCCAUCCCCGCCUCUGACAUGAGCGGACCAAUAAGCGGCGAGGGGGGGAGGGGAGGGUUCAGCUGCACUCAGGCCACGCUUAACAUUGCUGGGUCGAAAUGUCUACACAAAACAGGAAAAUCGUCUCUGUUGAGCUUUUUAUUCCUCAAACCCAAUGAAUAACAGUGCUGUUCUGUAGUACUGAGCAAUCUUGAGCCCCUGUAGGCGUCUAAACUGUAGUUUGAGGCAGUCGGGGCUAGAGGCAGAGAUAUAGAAUGUGUGUAUAACGGCUAAAUGUAUAUGAAACCUCAUUAUGAGACAGAAAUUUUAAAGAUAUAGCUAUAUAAAUACAAAAAAAAGUGUAUUUUAUUGUACACGUCCUCAGCCCACACACACAAACACAGGUUGUACAUACUGAUCAGAACAAGCAGCUUCAAAUGAGCAUCAGAACAAGUCAAACACUGCUGACACACAUCAAACAUUCCCUGGUCUUGGGGGGAGGAAUUUGCUUCUGGUGCUUGAGCCGCUGAGCGGCGUUGAGCCACAGAGGACUGGUUAUAGGCCUUGUUUGGACCCAGUUGGAGAAAAAAAAAAAGAAUAAGAAAAAAAGCUGAUCAAAUUAAAUCCUCCCCUUCCCUAUUUUAUGACCAAGUUUGGACUGGACUUCUGAAACCGAUGAUAAAUCUAGUUUUGCAGACAUAUUUUGCAGAUUUUUUUGUUCAUCCUUGGCGGUGUGGCCGACUGCCCUUUCCUUUGUCAGUAUUACUUCUGGAAUACUGAUUGUUUACAGCCCAUGGUUCCCAAACCACGAUUCUUGACGAAAGACAAAGUAUUCACUGCAACAGUUCUUGUUUGUAUAACAGAUGUGGCUCUACUGAUGUGUAUGUUUUAUAUUCAAGAGUUCAUUUUUAUUAUUUACAAAUAAAAGACUAUGUGGAAGAAGA